AUGUCCCCUCUUUUCCGAGAGGAAGAGGGGGAGCAAGGGAGAGUGAACGAGCGGCCAAACGCAGCCAUUUCCACUCACUCACACGCCGUCCAUCCGUCCGUCCGUUGGUCCAUCCGUCCGUCCUCGUCACCGUCAUCAUUGCCGUCACCGCCGCCGCCGUCUCAACGCAACCGCCGCCGCAGCACUCCAAAUCCGAACUCGGUGAUCGAUUUCCCGUUACCAGUAGAAGUGCCUAGCUAUCUUGAGAGUGAUAAUAUAGCGUCAAGCAACCUGAAUAAGCAGCAGUGCGAUGAUUCACACUACUUUUUGGUUAGAAUGCUUCGAUAA